CGAAAACCCAAGGCUAAAACCGUCCACCUAAAUUACGACGGUUAUCUCCAAAAACUCAGCAAUAAUAGUUUCCAAAUGUAACCUUUCAAAAACAAAUCAUCUUCUAUACAUAGCAUAUUCCUCCAUCAUCCAUAUCAUGUUACAAUAAUCCAUCACAUUGACUGUGACCCACCCACCUUCACUCUAUUGACUCUUCACCUAUUCUUCUUCUAUAUAUACCUUCUUUCCUUCCCUUGCUUCACACUUAUUUUUCAUUUCCUCUCUUCAAUUCCAAAACUAACUCUUCAACAACAUACACCAACAAUGGGUCAGAAAGAUGAGAUCGAAAAGAAAAACGAAGUCGUUUUGAAACUCGAUUUACAUUGUGAAGGAUGCGUCAAGAAGAUCAAACGCGCUCUUCUCCGUUUCGACGGUGUGGAAGACGUUAAACCUGAUACAGCCGGUAACAAACUGACGGUUAUCGGAAAAGUGGAUCCUAUUAAGGUUCGUGAUAAACUGGCGGAGAAAAUUAAGAAGAACGUCGAGCUUGUUUUUUCUCCGCCUAAAAAAGACGCCGUCGUUGAUAAACCGCCGCCGGCGAAGAUCAAACACGAUGAUGAGGAGGAGAAGAAGAAGAAACCGGACGAGAAAAAGGCUGAUGAAAAACCGCCCAAACAGUCGGUUGAAAACACGGUCGUUUUGAAGAUUAGAUUACACUGUGACGCAUGUAUUCAAAAAAUUGAAAAGAUUAUCCUCAAAAUCAAAGGAGUUGAAUCAGUGAACAUUGAUGGAGGAAAAGAGUUGGUGACAAUAAAAGGAACUACAGACGCUAAGGAAAUUGUACCAUAUCUGAGGGAGAAGCUGAAACGCGAUGUGGAAGUGAUUCAACCAAAGAAAGAAGAGGAUAACAAGAAGAAUAAAGAGAAAAAAGAAGAAGGUGGUGGUGGUGAGAAGAAAGAGGGUGGAAAAGCAAAGGUGGAGGUAAAUAAAAUGGAGCAUUACGGUUACGGGCAGCAACCUCCUAUGUAUUGGUACGACGGAUUCGAACCGGGUCAGAGUAGUAGUAAUAGGGUGGAGGUUCAGCCAGGGUAUUCGAAUCAACAGGGGCAGAAUUAUAAUUAUGCGAAUCAACAGGGGCAGAAUUAUAAUUAUGCGAAUCAACAGGGGUAUAAUUACAAUUACAUGAACAUGAACCAGAAUCAUCAUCAACAAGGGUAUGAUUAUAGUUAUGGGAAUCAAGGGUAUAUGGUAGAGCCUCAACAACCUCCAUUCUAUAUGCAUCCAAAUCAUCCCCCUCCACAAAUGUUUAGCGAUGAAAACCCAAAUGCUUGUUCUAUGAUGUGAGUAUUUUUCUUUUUGUUUAUGCACAUGCAAGUUGUAAAUAACAUAAACUAGUUUUGUAGUAGUUUAUUCUUAUUUUAAUUAGUUUUUAGGAUAAUGUUUUUAUAUAUUUUUUAUUAGAAAAAUAUAUAGUUGAAACUGUGCUAUUGGCGCAUGGUUAGUGACGUAGAGGGGGGAGGUACGGCCUGCUGGAUGGGAGGUUCCGGUUUUGGAUUAUUAGGAAAAAGACAAAAAAUGGGUAGCUGUUAUUUUGUUUGUUUGCUUCUGGUUUAUAACGUAGUAUUAUAAAAAUUAUAAAAAUCAUGAAUAUAUAAAUCAUUUUUGGAGCAACAUUUGGAUCA